AUGAAGUUAGUACGCUUUCUCAUGAAAUUAAACAAUGAGACCGUAACAAUUGAGCUUAAAAACGGAACAAUCGUCGUUGGCACUGUUACUGGUGUUGAUGUGUCAAUGAAUACUCAUUUGAAGGCAGUUAAACUAACUGUGAAAGGGAGGGAAACAAUUGCACUUGAACACUUGACUAUUAGAGGAAACAACAUUAGGUACUUCCUACUGCCAGAGAGUCUUUAACUUGAGACUCUUCUUGUAGAUGAUGCCCCUAAAUAAAGAUCUAAAAGCAUCGGUCAAGCAGCUAAAAAGGAUAAAAGUGGUGAAAGCCCAAGAGACCCCCUCCUAACCCAACUAGACAGCACUGAGAAUAAUUGGGAAUCAAAGUAUUUGUGGCACAGAUAUACGAGAAACGUCCAGAGUAAUGGAAAGUUCUCUUGCAAAUACCACUUUUUGUAACCAAAUGCAAGAUUAUCAUAGGGAUCUCUCCAUCCAUACGAUUGCCAGCUCCUAGCUUUUAUUUAGCAACUUCUCUCUCUCUUAUCUUUGUUUGCACAAUUUGCUUUCGUAUUUGCACUUCUUUCAGUAAUCAAUUUCUUCUUAACCCUUGCAAACUAUCAUUAUUAUUAUAUAUGCACUAUUUUACUCUAGUCUUGGUAUAUUGAAAUGAAGAAGUUAACAAUGUAAUCAAUUAACGAGAAGGUCGUGACUUUAAAAUGCUAAGUAAUAUUGAGACCUAAUUUCUGGAAGAGGUAACCGAGAAAAUAUUUCCUGCUUAAUAAAUUGCUAGGAGCCAUUAGCUUAAGAAAAUAUCAGUGCUUGGUCAAAAACCUCGAAAAGAGUGGAUUCGUGAGCCGUUAGGAUGUUUUUUAAUUGGACUAGCUAACCUUAAAUUCAUUUUCAACAAUUAAGAAAGCUAUCAAUCACACUAGUCUUGGUUGGCUCGCAUAAUCUCUAUUGAGUUUGACAUCUUCAGUUUUAUAAUAAUUCGUUUAGGUGUUCUUUUCAGUCAGAAGAUCUUGA